AUGGACAUUAAUCAGAUUGUGUCUCUUAUUGAAUCUUUCAAUAGCAGUCAUGAUUCGAAAGUGAUCAACGACAUUCAGAACACUUUGCAGGAACACCAGAAAUCGGACCAUGGGAUCGAUCUUGCUAAUGCACUCUUGUCCUUAGACAAUGUUUCUGCAAAUGUGAAGUACUUUGGUGCCUUGACUUAUACCGUCCAACUUACUUCAUGUUUACACAGUGAAAGCCAGUUAUGGUCUAUAUUUCAAGGAAACUUAAUCCACUUAACUCGGCUCAUUGUAAUGUACACAACACAUCCAACGGACAAUUCGAGUUUAAUAGUUACCAUAACGAAAUUAAUGUCAAAUCUUUCAUUCAUAUUCUUGACUGUGAACCAGAACAGUGAUGGUAGUAUUAAUGCUAGCAAGUUUCCGCCAUGGCAUAAUCCUGUAAAUACAUGCAUCAAAUUGUUACAGCACUGUAACGAAUCUAACUUGAACCAAUGGAAUGUAAACAAUACAGAGAUAUCACAAAACUUGAUACAAAGCAGCAUGAAUGCGGAAGUCUCUUACGCUGAACUAAUCGAAUGCAUUAAAUCUUCAGAGGCGUUAAACAAACUAGUACUAUUGUUUACCAAAGUUAUCGUCGAAGACUUGAAUAAGUAUCAGUCAAAGAGAAAUUCUAUGUCCCAAGUGUACGAGGUCGUGCAUCAGCAUUUAUACAUAAGCACGAUGGCUAUAUUAAACUAUAACUUGGAGAAUAUGAUGUCACCUAAUUUCUCUUCAGAAGUAUUCCAGUGUAUCACUUCUUGGAUUAACUAUAUUUCCAUGGCAAGAAGUGUCUCAACCCAAGGUAAUAUGGACUUGACGGAGAUAUUCAAUAACGCAAUAAACUUAAUGUGCAUAACUAAUGCCAACUCAGUAGAAUUUCCCUACUCAGAGUCUGUUAUAUCAAUAUUCGAUGAUGUAUUCUCAAAUGACCCAACUUUAAUGUCUUUUGAAAUACGUGCAAAAUUGGAGGCCAUAUUCCUUGGUGUUUCAAGGCAUUCUGUGAACUUGUCUAAUGAUUGGAUGAUGGCAUAUAUGAAUCAUUUGGUUACCAAUGGUUUGUAUGAAGACUUAAAAGUUUUGGCCUCCUGCGUCGUUGACUUCCUACAAAUUUCAAAUCUUGACGUUUGCAACAAACUAUUCACUAAUAUACACGGCGACACCGAUGAAAAUACCUUGAUGGAAUAUAUCAAAGUAUUAUUACAAUUAACAAACUUCCCAUUAGUGCCCAUUUUGCAAGAAACGUAUUCUUCUAAGAUGGUAGAGUUCUGGCUAGAUUUGGCUGAAGCGUACGGGAAUUUAUCACAAGAAUCUUUGAAACCAAAUGCCAACGAAAUUGCUGAGAAUAUCUUUAACCAAGUGGUUCAAAUAUAUUUACCAAAAAAUAGUUUAAUGAACAAACAGAAGAUUCUCGAGGAAGAUGACGACCAGUCGCUCAUCCAUGAAUUUGACGAUUUCAGAUCUGCUACACAAGAUUUAAUGGAGAUACUUUGGACUAUUUUGGGCCACAGUAAGCUUACAAUUGUGCUAAUUCAAGGGGUUGGCCAAGCAGAUACCAAUAAUGUUGAUUUAUAUCAAGUUGAGGCAAUGUCUUUCCUUUUGGCUAAGUUAUUAGAUGGUGUAAACUUCUCUCAAUCUCCAUUUAUUAGUGAUGCUAUCGGAGAAAACAAGCUAAUAGAUAACUUACUAUAUUUAUUGCAAACAGGUUGUAAGCAAAAGGAAACAACAAAAACUGCACAAAUUUUAAAGCUCGAUUUUGUGAAGGCUACAUGCACAUUGCUUGGUGUUAUGGCUACAUACUUUCAUGUUGAUUCAAAGCCGCUUGGACCUAUCGUUCAAUGUCUAUUUGAAUGUCUUGAAACUUCAAGACAAUAUAACACUGUUGAAUAUGCGAUUAAGAUGGAACUACAACUAAACAAAACAUUAUCGUUAAUAUGUGAACAUUGCAGGAGAGAAUUGAUACCUUUCUUGCCAGAUUUUAUCGUGGUAUUGCGUUCAAUUAUGUUACCAACCUCUCCAGUUUCGCACUUCACCAGAGAAAAAUUUGUCAAAUCAAUCGGUAACAUCAUCCAAAUGUGUGUUUCAGAAGGUCCAGAAGCUCAAGCUACUCAUAUUUCGAACAUGGUUGAUAUGAUCGGAGGCUUGAUGCAAAAUACUACAGACAAAUCUGAUAUGCUCUCAUUACUAUCUUGCCUUAGCGAGUUAGGUUCUGGUCUCUCACAGCUACCAGAUGACGAAGAGUUCAUCGAAAAUAACCCACAAUACUUACAGCAGUUGCCUAUCUUCCAAAGCUAUUGGCAGCAGGAUCCAAUGAGAAUAAGGGAUAAGGUGAUGCAACUAGUUCAGUAUGCAUUAUCGCAACAUGCGACGGACUCAGAAUUCGUUGAGGUGUCUUGUUUGGUAAUCGGUAAGGCUAUAUGCUUACCCGAUGAUAUACCGCACUUUUUGCGUUAUCCAUUGUCUGACAUUAUAUCAUUCCUACACUCUUGUGCUUCGAAUUGCAACUACCCUGCUGCAUUACCGUAUAUUGAAUAUCAGCUCGAAAAGGCGAUUACCGGAUUCAAAGAUGAGCUCACCCCUCAAGCCUUCGAUGAGAUUUUCAAGCAAUUCUUUUUGAACUACUAUGAAGAAUACAUCACGUCCGAUCCAGAUCUCAUCCAAUCCAUGGUUUCAUGGGUCAACUCUGUCCUUGAAUCCAAACCACACCUAGCAUUGAAGUCUCAAUACUGGUCUUCGUUCAUUGUGCCUGAGUUCCUCAAGUUCUUGCAAGCAAAGGAAAAGUUCACAAUCAGCUCUACAACUAAAUUCUGGAUCAAAACUCUAAACAAUAGAAGAUACACACAAGAGGAUACAGAAUUCAUAAACAACAUGUUCGGAUCCAUGGGGAAACAGCUUGUAUAUCAAACAAUGUACUCCUUGUUCCAUGCCCAAAGAUCAGACGUACCACAAUACGCCGAACUAAUAAGGACUCUAUUCGCCAAAUACUCUAUGCCCAUGAAAGGAUGGCUCACCGAAGUGUUGCCUGAAAUUACAGGAAAGCCCAUUACUUUCCACGAAAGGUUUAUCAACAAACUAACAGUCACACGUGCAUCCAGAGCAACAAGUAACAUCGUGCUCGAAUGGUGGUUGGACUGUAAUGGUCUUCCAAGUCUCCAAUGA